CUGCACGUUGACGGGACACGUCAUGACAAAAAUUACGAGCGUGAUUUUAGGGAAGUUUUUCUGGUAGUUUUGUUAUGAAAAAAAGGGGUUUUAUAAGUUGAAAGUUUAUUUUUUAGAUCAAGUGAAAAGUGGAGUUUUUAUGUGCGAAUUAGUGGGGAGGGAGAUAUUUUCUUUUCUGAGAAAAAUGUACUCCAAGAGAAGCAGCAGUCGAGGUGCACGUCAUCGGGUGCAUGCUUGGUCGAUAAUGCAGAUUCGGUGGGUGGAUUCCUCUUUCGGUGGGAAAAUUCAAAUAAGCGAAUUUUGUGGACAAGAAUGGAAGAUGGCGUGCGCCAACGGAUAGGAGCCCUCUUGCGCCUAGUAGCACGGUGACGUCCGUACGACACGGUGUUUUUAUUUCUCUGUAGACGAUAUUCCCAAAGAAAUUCUAAAAUUUCUACUUUUUAAUAAAAUUAACACUGGGAAAUUUUUUAAAAAACCGCACGUGUUUUUAGUUAAUUAUAAUAAUAAAUCCGACUUCCGGUCUCAUAUACGUUAGUCAAGGAUCUAGUUUGAAAACAUUUGUAAGGAUAAAACGUUAAGAUAAUAAGCCUCUUCCUGGGAAUGUGGGACUCGUUUGUCGUCAGAGCAUCAAGCCAAGAGGUUGGGUUCCGGAUAUUUGAAGCGAGCAAACAGUGAUCGCCUUCAUGAAAUCUUCAAUCAGUAUGCGACGCAGGAGAAGAAUGGCGAGAGGUUCAUGACUCCGGCUGACUUUGUACGGAGCUACCUUGGCCUUUAUACAGAUGCCGAUUAUAACCCCGACUCUGUUAACCUCCUCGCAGGAAUCGUUGAUACCAGCAAAGAUGGGCUCAUUUCAUUUGCUGAGUUUCAAUCAUUCGAGGGUUUGCUCUGCGUGCCAGAUGCUCUUUACAAAACGGCAUUCCUGCUCUUUGACACUAAUGGAAAUGGAAUGGUUGCAUUUGCGGAGUUCGCUGAGGUGAUGCGAAAAACAGUUUUGCAUCAGAGGAUGCCCUUUAACAUGGACAGUGAUUUUCUGAAACUUUACUUUGGAAAAGACAAAAAAAGACUGAUUAGCUAUUCAGAAUUCAGUCAGUUCCUCCAUGACUUUCACGAGGAAUAUGCAACAGAGGGCUUCAAAAAAUUCGACAAGGAUAGCAGUGGAUUCAUAUCGGCCUUGGAUUUUCAGGACAUUAUGCUGAGCAUAAAAAGUCAUUUGCUCACGAAGGAAGUUAGGGAUAAUCUAAUCGGGGUAGUUAGCGCAGGCCAUAAUGCAAAAAAAGUCAGUUUUCCUUAUUUCAUGGCGUUCAAUUCCCUUCUAAACAAUAUGGAGUUGAUAAAAAGGAUCUAUUUGAAUGCAACGAAUGGACACAGGAAUCAGGAAGUCACGAAAGAGGAAUUCCUUCACUCAGCACAAAUGAUGUCUCAAAUAACACCUUUGGAAGUGGACAUCCUUUUUCACCUUUGUGAUCUCCUUCAUCAAACCGGAUCAGCGGAAGGUGCUGAGGCGAUAACACGGUCUGGGAAGAUCGUUUAUAAUGAUUUGGUGUCCAUUACACCCGAGCAGUAUUUCAAGCAUAUAACGAGAAGACUCGCAGAAAUAAAGGCCGUCUCGAGUCCCGAAGAGCGUGGAGUCCUUGUACAAAUUCUAGAAAGCAGCUACAGGUUCGUGCUCGGAUCCGUCGGUGGAGCUGUGGGAGCAACUGCAGUCUAUCCAAUUGAUUUGGUGAAGACUCGAAUGCAAAAUCAGAGGACGGGUUCCUUCAUUGGUGAAUUAAUGUACAAAAAUAGUUUCGACUGUUGCAAAAAGGUAAUUCGGCACGAGGGAUUCUUCGGACUUUACCGAGGGCUGGUACCACAAUUGAUGGGAGUUGCUCCGGAGAAAGCUAUCAAACUAACAGUUAAUGAUUUCGUAAGGGAUAAAUUUAUGGACAAAAAUGGAAAUCUACCAAUCUCUGGAGAAAUUCUUUCCGGCGCUUGUGCUGGAGCAUCUCAAGUGGUUUUCACGAAUCCUCUCGAAAUUGUCAAAAUCCGAUUGCAAGUUGCUGGAGAAAUUGCUGGAGGACAAAAAGUCAGAGCUUGGGCGGUGGUGAAAGAAUUGGGACUUUUUGGAUUGUACAAAGGGGCGAGAGCCUGUUUAUUGAGAGACGUGCCCUUUAGUGCAAUUUAUUUCCCGAUGUACGCCCACACAAAAUCGAGAAUGGCAGACGAGGGAGGAUAUAAUACACCUUUAUCGUGUCUCCUUUCCGGUGCGAUAGCGGGAGUGCCUGCUGCGGCACUUGUCACGCCUGCUGACGUCAUUAAGACUCGCUUACAGGUUGUUGCGAGAGAAGGACAGACGACCUACAAUGGACUAGCAGAUUGUGCCCGGAAAGUUUACAGAGAAGAGGGGGCAAGAGCUUUUUGGAAAGGAGCAACAGCUCGAGUAUUCAGAUCGUCGCCACAAUUUGGCGUCACCCUCUUCACUUAUGAAAUUCUCCAGAGGUUGUUUGUCGUCGAUUUUGGAGGAUCACGACCGAGUGGAUCCGAGCUGAAGGUGCCUACGACUGGAGUUGCUGACGAAAUCCGGUCGACAAAUCCAGACCACAUAGGUGGCUACGAAGUAGCUCUUCCAAUUUUCACCGGUAUCGAGUCUAAAUUUGGUCUCUGCUUACCAAGGUUCCAGUCCAUAAGUAGGAAAUAAAAUAUAUAAAUAAAUAAACUAGAAGCACCGAAUCCAGAAAGCAUUUUAGACGAUCAUCUCUUUGUACAAAAAGAAGUUAGAGGUUGUUCACCCUGGCAACAAUCGCGAGCCUCAAUUCUCUCAAGUGACAACAAAUAAAAUUCCAAUUUGAAUUUAAAUCUGUAUUUGAAUUUAAAUUUAAAUUAUAGCAAUUUUUGUCACUGGAAGAGGCUUUCGCGAAUGCUUCUUCUUUAACUUUCUUCGAGAACGAGAUUGUGACUUUAGUACAAUCGAUACGCUUAUUAUAAACAUUGAAUUUCCAGUCCUGAAGAUUUUUUAUAGACUCAGUGAAAAGAAAAAGUCGAUCUUUUGAUUUUCGAAUCAGCAGACAUUUUUAAUAAUAC